GGUUCGGAAAGACUCGGGUCGGCGGGACGAUGGAGACGAAGGGGCUCGGCAUGGAGGCGCCUGAAGUGACGGCGGUUUCGGUGAUGGCGGAGGAACAGAUCGCCAUGGCCGAGCAGCUGCCGAGUGCGGACGAGGGCGGCUUCGCAGAUGUGACAACGGUGACUGUGGGGAGUAUGACUGGAGCUGCCGAUAAUGUGUUUACCACAUCAGUUGCAAAUGCAUCCAUAUCAGAGCAUGUGCUGUCAGGCAGGACCACGCUGCAGAUUGGAGAAGGACUGCCCACGGACAAGGCAACGUUAAUUGUGGUUCAUACCGACGGCAGCAUUGUGGAAACAACCGGCCUCAAAACACCCAACGCACCCAUCACACAAGGUCCACAGACGCCAUCCACUCCUCUGACACCAGGUCCCGACAAAGAUGGAACAAAGUACAACUGGGAUCCUUCUGUGUACGAGAAUGAGUUACCAGUUAGAUGCCGAAAUACCAGUGGGAUUCUGUUCAAGAACAAGCUUGGUUCCGGAGGCCGUGGGCGUUGCGUUAAACACGGUGAGAACUGGUUCACUCCCACAGAGUUUGAAGGAAUGGCAGGUCGGGCCAGCAGCAAGGACUGGAAAAGGAGCAUCCGUUACGCUGGCCGGCCUCUGCAGUGCCUGAUACAGGAUGGCAUUCUAAAUCCACAUGCAGCAUCCUGCACCUGUGCUGCCUGCUGCGACGACAUGUCUCUGACUGGCCCGGUCAGGCUCUUCGUUCCCUACAAAAGACGCAAAAAGGAAAACGAAACAAGCACAACUCCGGUUAAGAAAGAAUCUCCCAAGAACAUCACACUGCUCCCUGCGGCCACAGCGACAGCCUUUACAAUGACCCCAGCUGGACAGAUCACUCCGUCCGGGACCCUGGCCUUUGAGCGGUCGUCCACCACAGAUGCCACGGCCAUUAUUGCAGAUGGUGCAGCCCAGGGAGAUGUCUUCACCAAUACCACAGAGGACGGCAUUCACCAGACACAGCCAUGCCGUGACUGGUGGUGGGACACAGCAAACAAAACACCGUACCCGCUGCAGGGGCAGGAAGGUGAACGGCAGGGUGGCCGAGCGGCACUUACCGUGCCCGACGUGUGUGGGGACGACAGCAGUCAGGGCCGUCCCCAGGCUCAGGUGGAGGCCAGUGCCCCCGGACCCUCACGCUCCCCUCCUCACUCUGCAUCCCCCGCCUCGCUGGGACCAGCGGCCAGUCCCGACACUCACACCAGCUCCAAGAGCAUCAGUGAGUUUGAGGAAGGAACGCAGGUGUUAGCCUCACUACCGGCCCUUGCAGUACCGACCCCACCAACGCCCACCAAGGUCAUCUUGCCCAGCGCGCUGACCGGGCUAGAGGUAGUGGAGCAGCGGAGCUGGCUCUACUUGGAGGAAAUGGUCAACUCCUUGCUGGCCACAACGCAGCAGCUGAAGACCUUGAUCGAGCAGGUGAAGCAUGCCAGCCUCGCCUCCAAGGAUGGAGCCAUCGCCCAGGCCAAGCUGCAGGCCGACACCGAGAGGAAGGGGAGCCUGUACCAGAACCAGCUGCCGUUCCACUCCACAGACGAGGUGGAUGAGAAAACUGAGAUCAUCAUCAAGCAAACCUGUGUGAACUGUGGCCGUGAAGCGAUGAAUGAAUGUACGGGAUGUCACAAGGUUCAUUACUGCUCAACGUUCUGCCAGCGGAAGGACUGGAAGGACCACCAGCAUGUGUGUGGGCAGCCGACAACACUCACAAUGCAGACAGAGGAGGUGCAGGUGUCAGAGGUCGACGUGGCCAAGGUCAAGGUGUGACGGUGGAUUGGUGAAGCUGCCAGACCCCAGCCCAGUCCGCAGAGCACGAUGGGGUUGGAUCGCCAAUGUCCACUUGUCCAGGGAGUGGAGUGAUAUUGCAAAAGGUCGGAGAUGCCCGGAGAGAGGAGCCCAUCGACUGUUCCUGACCCUUAACCUCAAGCUGGGUUCAAGUUACCGAUCACGGGCUGUGAACACGCGUGGGACACGGACUGAUGACCUGGUGCCACAAGCUCUACACUAGGUGGAAGGU